UAAAAUCUAAAAAGCCGCUUUGUCAUUUACAAAAGGGGGCUGAGGCAGAGAUCGCUAUCGCUUUCUCCGGGAAGGAAGAGGAAGCGAAAUGGAGAGAGAAGAAGCAGCACCAGCACCGGCCUCACUCUACGGUGACGGAGGACCCGGCGCCGGCGGGAAGUUCCGGAGGCGGCCCUACCGGAGGCCGCCCGCGACUCCCUACGACCGGCCUCCCCUUCCACCCGCCACCGGCGAGAGGCGUGAUGGCUGGCUGUCGAAGCUCGCCAACGGCGCCACCCGCUUCCUCCCUUCUCUCUUUACCAAAGCCCUAACUCAUCCCCCUCCUCAAUCCGAUCAGAAGAUGGUGCGAGAGGCCAGUUAUGAGUUACCUAACGGCAGUUCUGAUAAUCAAAUAUCUGAAUCAAUGGAACUAGGAGGUUCCAGCAACACAGGAAAGGAACUAGGAGGUUCCAGCGACACCGAAAAGGAACUAGGAGGUUCCAGUGAUGCAGAAAAGGAACUAGGAGGUUCCAGCGAUGAAGACAGAUCAAAAAGUGGCCGUGACAAUGAUGAACCUGCAGGAGACAAAUCAGUUGAUGAUAGUGGGCUUGCUCCAAUUGAACAGCUGCUGAAACAAAAGACGUUUUCUAGAGAUGAAUUCGACCGCCUGAUGGGGAUUUUACGUUCAAGGACUUCUGAAGUUUCUGAUGUUGAUAUGCCUGGGAACAGAAAUCCAAAUAUGGUUGCAGUAGCUGAAGCUGCAAAGGAAGAAUUAAGAAAAUCAGUUGAAGUAAGGCAGGCAUGCAAACUGGAGAAUCAAGUGAUUGGGAGGAUCCCAAAGCCUCCUGUCCAAUCAAAUAUGUAUGAUGAAGUUGGUAGUUCACCAGUAGAAAUUGCAAAAGCUUUCAUGGGGGCCAGAACAUCAGCAUUAAGCCUCAACUCUCAGAGUCCAACACUAAAGGACAAAAGAUUUCCACCGUGUAGCGAUGAUUUUGCAUCAGCAUCCAUUCCGUCACCUGUACUGAAGUCGCCCACAUGCUGGCCAGGUGCUAUGGUACAGGAUGCACCUGGCUUUCUUACCCCUCAAACUCAAAGAGGCAGGACUGAGAUUCAUAACUUUCCUCGAACACCUUAUCAUGGGGCAGUUCAUUCAAGAUCCAUUUCUAAGUUCCAGAGUGGUGGGGAACGGUCGGUCAACCUAUCAUCAAUGCGCCGGAGGCAACCAUACACUCCUGUUUUUGGCGGUAGCCAGGUAACGAAGAGGAAUUCUAUUUCGGAUGAUGGCUUCGGAACAGUUGGGCCAAUUCGUAGGCUACGUCAGAAGACUAUGGAGAGUACUAUUUCUAAAGGAGCAUCUUCAUCUCGUCCUGGCAGUUCUAGUCUUUUGCAGCCAUCAAGUUCUAACGCUUUUAUGGGCUUCUUGUCUUCUGCUCAGGAGAUGGAACCUGGAACAUCAAAAAGUAGUUUGGAAAAGUUCCAUCACGUGGAUAACAAGACAAUCAGAUAUGUUGGUUCUUCAACCGUUCACCCCCAGUCUAGUGAGAUGGCUAGGAGAAUAUUGGAACACCUUGAUAGAACUGUUCCGUCCCCAAAAGAAAAAGCAGCUGAGAUAAAGCUGGCUGUUGAAAGGAACAGACCCUCUCCUGAAAUUACUGCUGACAUGUCAAAUGGGCAGCUGGGCCGAUUUGAUGUUGGUCCUGAUUCUCAGAGUAGUAGUUUACUUGUCCGGGACCCGUCUUCUCAAAGAUAUGGAGAGAGAGGGAAAGAUCUCUUUCAUAACCAAGUUGAAAAUAAAAAGGCUGAUGAAGCUGUGCAUUCAAUGAACGCAAGUGUUUUGGCUUCUAAUAUGUUUUCCAAGACGCAAGAGAUGAAGGUUUGUGCUGAACCACUUGAGAGUAAAAACAGUAGAAAGAACCGGCUGUGGCCUCUUCAUAAUCAAACUGGCGAGCAGGGCAUUUCAGGGUUAGGUGGUGCUGCUGGGCCUAUUGCCCUUCAGAUGCAACAGCCUCUUUCUUCUGGGAGCAAACCAGCUUUGACUUCGAUCUCUAUCACCAAGCCCAAUGGAAAACAUGCCAUUUCAACCGAUAAUUACUCUGGGUUUACCUUUCCCGUUUCGGGGGCUUUUACGGCACCUAGUGAACCACCAACACCGACCAUCGGGCCAUUUUUUACUAGCAGAGUGCCACCGCCUGAAGAAGAAAAUGCAGUUCCAUCAUUCAAGUUUGGAUCCUCGACUGCUGCUGCCCGGGGCCCUGUUUUCUCCUUUGCCCCAACUGCCAGCACCGGUGUCGCUGAUGCUUCUUCAAUUCCGAAGUUUGACUUUGGAUCAGACAAGAAGAGCAGAGUGUCUUUCAGGCCAGUUGGCAAAGAUGCCAUCUGUUAUUAACAGUUUUACAGGCAUUGAUCUGUCCGAUUCCUUUGUAACCAUAAAAUCUUUAACAUGAUAGAUCUGAUAAGUACAAUGUAUCAAUUAAUGUUUAUGGCUCUAGCAUUGCAGUUGGCAUUUCAUUUCAUAAAGUUGGAGAUUUGAGUAGCAGAUGUUUUGAUAGGAAAUUAAAAUGUAUAUACAUGCUUACUGUUUUUGUUGUA